AUGUUUUCUACCAAAAGAAGUGUCGCAACUCAAACCACUCCCGUGCACAUAGUAGAACGCUCUUUGACUGUUUGUUUGAAUAACUCGAAAUCCUUUUCUAAAGCCACAGAAAACCCCAGCUUUACAAUGUUAAAAGUUACAUGCGUUCAACAUAUUAGCUACAAUAAUGUAAGAUUGAAUCAUAAUGUUGAACACCUUUGCGAUGAAGAAAUGAAAAAGUUGGAUGUGAUACUUCCACAAGGAAAACUUAUAAUAAAUAUAUCCUUUUUUGUUAGGAAAUAUAUGAUUGCCGAUGGAAAAUUGUAUAGUCUCAAUACAAAAAAAGAAAAUAUAAUAUUAAAACAACUUUGUAGAUCCGAAAUUUGGAAUCAAUUUGGUUUUUCGCAUAUUGAAGCCGAACCAGCAAUGAAGCAACGUAAAUAUAAUAAAGCAUUGUUACGUAAGAAACUUUUGUCUAAAAAACAGGAUUCGAUCUUGGUAGAAAUUCAAGCAAUUGAUACCGCAUUUAAAACUUUAAUGAAAAAGUCAUUGAUUACACGAUACCCGUUAAUAUUCUCUCCAGGAUACAUUGAAAAAUUAGAAAAUUUAAACCGUUUCAUUCCAUCAAUUUCAAAAUCGUUGACACGCAUCAUUAAAAAUAGUGCAAAUGAAGACUUUUAUACAAAAGCAAUGGAACUCGUUCAGAGAAUCAAAAAUCACACAAAUUUAUCAUUUUCUUCACAAGAUUUUAUAAAAUAUAAUAAUACAGACUUAACUUUUGACCAAUUAAGAAGUGAUAUUUCCGAUGGUUUAUGUUCGAUUUCAAGAGAUAUAAAAGUUCCAGCACCUUUUCUUGAUAUUAAGAUCGCAAAUAAUGAAAAAAAGAUUCAAAACGAAUUAAAAAAGGAUUUUCCUGUUGAAGACCAUGAAAUCAGGCCGGAUGAAUUUCUAUCAAAUUCAGAACAGUUUGAUUUGAUAUUUGACAAUAAUGAUAACGAAAUACAAGAUUUGGAUGAAAAAGAAUUUGAACAAUUGUCAAGUUCUGAUGAUGAUGACGACGAUGACAACAGUGAUUUUUGGGACGAUGACAACGUUGUUGGUAUUGAGAAUAAAGAGAUCAUCAUGGUCGAAGAGAAGUUUUACGAAACACAUAUAGUUUUUAAUAAAGAUGGCAGCACACAAUUAUUUAGUCUUGAUGAAUCAGAUAUUGUUGAUCCUUUAGAGCUGAAUUCAACCAGAAGAAAAGUCAUCACCAACAAUUUAAAAAUGUUUCAAUCUGAUUAUUUAGUGGAUCACGAGAAUUAUCCAAACAGAGAACAAGGGUUUUGUUUGAAAGAUAAUUGUUCCAAUGAUGAAAUUUUAGAUUUAUUUUUGGAUGAAAAUUUUUAA